CGAACAUCCCUAUCAUCCGUAUUUGCCGUUCGUAUUUGAAAUUCGGGAGAAAAAUCAUGUUAUACAUAAAAGGUUUCCCUGGAAGUGCUGGAAAAACUAUUUUCAGCAGCGACGUUGCUCUAACAACGAGUGAAAUAUGGGAGCGGUUUGAGGGAUUGACGGGACUUUCUAAGGAUGAUUUUUAUAUUGUGCAUCAUGGUCGACCUGCCUAUGAUGAAGGUACCCUUGAUACGGGAAGCGUAUCGAUUGUUCCCAGAUUACGUGGUGGAAAAGGUGGUUUCGGGUCCAUGCUGCGUGCUAUUGGUGCACAGAUAGAAAAGACGACGAACAGGGAAGCUUGUCGAGAUCUUAGUGGAAGGCGUUUGCGAGAUAUUAACGAAGAGAAGAGACUAAAAGCCUGGAUCGAGAAACAGUCAAAGAGGGAAGAAGAAGCUGUUGAGAGAAAAAAGAGGAAACUGCAAAAAUUAUGUGCAGAACCAAAACAUGAAUUUAGUGAUAAAAAUUAUGAACGUGAGCGAUCGGUAUUAACCGAACGAGUAGGGGAUGCGGUAGAACAAGGAUUUAAAGCAGUUGUUGCCGGAGUCUCGGGUAUUAAGAGGAAGAGUAAGGAGGAAGUUAAGAAAAAUGCAAAGAGAACAUUAUUGGACAUGGAUAUUGAUUCUGAUGAGCUUGAUACCAGUGAUUCCGAAGACAGCGACUAUGAAGAAGUACCGACAAAAAUAUGUAGCAGUAAGGAUAAACAAGUUUCAAAUGACAGUGGACAUUCCAGCGACUCUGACCGAUUGGAUGGAAAAAUCAAUAAUCAGGAAGGUUCAAUUCCACAAUCACCUGUUGAAGAAAAUAAAAAUAUCGACCAAAUUUCUGCUGAAUCAGAUAAGCAAGAUAAGAAAAUGGAUUUUACAGUAAAUUCUACCCAUGAUUCUUCUAUAACAGGUGAAGAAUCUAGAAUGGCAUCAAAAGUUAAUAAAGAAGCUGCAACCACGUCUCUGGAUAAUUCAUCCGUUGCCGAUCCUGAUUCCACUCCAAAGGAAUCUGAAUGUUCACCCGAGUCCAGGAAAUUCAAGGGAAAUGUAAAAGAACCUAACAAAGUCCUUUUAGCAGUUUCUCACAAUGAAGCAUCCACAAGAGAACAAUCUAUCGACUCAAAACCAAAUUCUAAUGUAACUGAAAUUAGCACAUGAUUUCAAAACACAACAUAAUGUUUAGCAUAGAAUUUAAGUUCCUUAUUUAAAGUACUGUACAAAUAAUAAUUUCACAUUCGAAUAUUAAGUAGUGGCUGCAUUCGAAACAACCAGCACACUCGAUAUCUUCAGACCAAUGGUAAAUAAUGCAAUCGAGAGUGCCAUAGAUCUAAUAAAUUUGUCAGACAACAAACCACUACGAAUGCAGUGUUUGGUAUACCGGUAGAUCUCGUUAAUAAUUGACAGGACAAAGUCCUCCUCAUCUUUCCGUUUUUUUGCUGGACAUCGAUCUGAAAGUAUGUAACCUUGUGAUACAAGAAUAACCGAUUGAGUAAUACUCACGUUUUGUUAAUGUAUGCUUGCAACUACGAGGACACUGCCUGGGACAUUUCCUCACAGGAGUAAUCUAAAAAUUAUCGUCCUAAUAAAACAUUGACUGUACG